GUUUCAACGGUACAUCGGAGAUAUCGACGCGACUCGCGACGCCUUUGACGACGAGGGUUACUACAAGACCGGCGAUCUCGGACACGUGGAGGGGGGGGCACUACAUCAUCGACGGCCGUGUCUCCCUCAAUGUCUUCCGCUUCUUCCAGCAUCGAAUCUUGACGAUGGAGAUCGAAGAAGCCUUGAUGGCCCUCCCGUACGUGAGUGAGGCCUACGCGCUGGGCGUGCCCGAUGCCUCGACGGCAAAUCGAACGGCGGCAUUGGUUCGGUGUCGAGGUGCCGAGUCGUCGCUGACCCUGGAAGCGUUGAGGGUCGACUUGAGAUCCCGGCUGCCAUCUCAUAAACUGCCCAGCCUGCUGCGGAAUCUGGGUGGGACCGAGGAGGUUCCCAAGACAUCUACGGGCAAGUUCGAUCUCCUAGCUGCCCGGGACCGGUUUUUCCAUCAGUCAGGGGAUGGGUCUAUUGCCUCCUUGCCCAGCGAGGUGCAGGUCACGAGCCUGGAAGAGAUCAAAUCCCACAAUGUGUGGUAGAUGAUAGAUCAUAAUGUAGACGAUUACAUAUACUGUUGGGAUAUCAAGG